ACAAUCGCAACGCAGUCAAACGAAAAAAUAAGGUCACAAUCGCAAGAAAACGGAACGGUGUUUGCAUUCAUUGUUCACGGCGUCGGGAAUUCUCUCGGAACCUGGCGGGUCGUAAUAACCACUCGCCGGUGGGAAUAAAGUGGACCAAGUGAUGUUGAAGCGUAGUGAUAAAGGGAAACCUCCUUUAUACGGAUCUCGAAGCCAUCGAUUAGGAGUUACUUUCGUUGUUGGGAUCUUAGUGGUCGCACUUCUCUUCUUUUGUUUCAGUGGCAAGAAUCAGGGCACGGAUUUGGAUCUACGGAGACACAUUUCGGACAGUGUCAAGCCUGAUUCGCAAUUUCAUCCGACCGUAGAGAUUCAAAACAAGACUCAUUUGAUAUGGAAGAUACCAAAGUCACCAAAGGCAGUUCUGUUUGUUGCUCAUGGUUGCCAAAGGAAAGCUUCUGACUUUUGGGACAGAUCACCAGAUUGUCCAGAAUGUACUGGUCUACCAGAGGAGAUGCGUCUUGUCAGAUUUGCUCUAUCUCGUAAUUUCGCUGUUAUAACUGUAUCUAGUGCUGGAAACUGCUGGACGUUCGGGAAGGAGAAAUCGAUUGUUGAAAAGAUAAUAAAGUCGUGGGUCAAGAAGCACGAGCUCGAAAGACUUCCUCUUGUUGCGUUAGGAGCUUCAUCUGGUGGCUACUUUGUCUCUGCUCUUGCAAUAGAGAUGCGGUUUAGUAGCAUCGUGCUUAUGAUCGCGGAAGGAGUGUUUGAUCAGAUUAGUGUCACUAAACAGUAUCCACCGACUCUUUUUGUGCACAUGCCUAAAGAUGUGUACAGACAGCAAAAGAUUAGAGAGUUUUUACAAGGUCUCAGAAUGGAAGGCAUUGAUGCUGCAGAGAUUGAAUGCUUGGAUUUGGCGCUUUCCCCGGAUUUCUUGGCAGAUAGGAUUCCAGGUCUUGGUCUUGAUGUCUCAGCCAAACUGUUCAAGUUUUUUCAAGACGAGGGGUUUGUUGAUGAUAAGGGAUACUUGAAGCGUGAUGGGCGGAGAACACCGUGGAAACAAGCUCUUAGUAGCUACAAAAUAUCACUGGACCAAAGUUUGAUUACUCCUGUUGAAGAAGAACUGAAUCUUGCAUAUGCAUAUCAUGAGAUGACGAGCUUGCAAUCUGAACAAAUCUUUAACUGGUUUGAAUCGCAUAUGGGAUGAGUGCCUGGUAGAUUUUCAUGUAUCAAGAUCCUUCGUUGAAAGCUGUAAGAUGGAUUGCACAUAUAUAUAUAUCUGACUCCAAAGGGACAUUCUUGAAAGGAACUACACUUUCGAUUGAAGUUCAGUUGAGUUGCGCAAGGCCAGCUGCAUUUUUAUCCUCGUUUAUAGUUAACUAAGCCCACCAAAUCAUCCUGAGGGAUUAUCUAAAGCAAGAUCAUUUGACAAUUAUACAAAUUUUUGAUAUGCUUAGACGUGUGGAAAACCUGAAGAGCAAUGUUGGCUGUUAGGGUUAACCCACAAACCAUAUUGUUUAGAAACUGGUUUGAGAGUAUUCCUGUACCUCCAAAUUUACUAUUUUUAGCAUCUUGCCUGUCUUGUAACAUGCGAUAUAUGCUCAUGGUUUUGUUUGGCUGAGAUGCAUUGCUUGAAACUUCUAAUGUUAAGCAUGAUUCUUGGG